AUGGUACUGCCUUCACUUGUUAUUCGUGCAAGAUACGAAUGUUCUUCAUGUGAUUUCAAUCUUGAUCUCAAAUGUGCUUCUUCGGUGUGCAGUGAUAAGAGACCCAGGACACUUUCUCAUUCUCUUCAUCCUAAGCACCCUCGUCGCUUAACCUUUGCCAUUAAUAUUGAUAAAUGCAAUGUUUGUUCAGAGAACCGUGAUUAUAGUGGCCCUGUGUAUAGUUUGUUUCGACUUAUCAUCCAUCGUCACCAGAUGUAUGUAGUAAAUGAAGAGUUAAAAGGAGAAAAUUAUUGCAGGGGUUGUCGUCUGUUGGAAAUUUUGGUUGCCAAUGUCUGGUCUGAUAAUAGUAGUUUGCAGCUUCAAGCAACGACUCGGUUUACGGAAUUGCUUUCAAUUUAUCUUUUGCCAUUUAUCACAGAAUGUAGAGCACCUAUUGAGGAAGUGAUUCAAGCUGGAGUGGUUCCUCGCUUUGUUGAGUUACUUGAUUCCCUAAGUGAUUCUGUUCGUGAGCAGGCUGUCCUGGCAUUGGGAAAUAUUACUGGUGAUUCUCUUAGAUGUCGUGAUCUUGUCCUUGGCCAUGGUGCUUUGCUUCCUUUGUUGGCUCUGUUCAAUAAGCCUGUUUCAAUUUCUACGCUGAGAAAUGCUACAUGGACGCUGUCAAAGUUUUGUGAGGCCCCUUUUGAUCAGGCUAAGCUUGUACUCCCUACAUUAGCCCGUCUUAUUCAUUCAAAUGAUGAUGAAGAAGUGUUGACUGAUGCAUGUUGGGCACUCUCAUAUCUUUCUGAUGGCACAAAUGACAAAAUUCAAGCUGUUACUGAAGCAGGUGUAUGUGGGCGUCUGGUGAAACUUUUGAUACACCCAUCACCUUCAGUGAUAACUCCUGCUCUUUAUAUGGUUAGAAAUAUUGUUAGUGGAGAUGAUGUGCAAACUCAGUGUGUUAUGAGUCAUCAGGCAUUGCCAUGCCUUGUAAACCUUUUGACAAAUAACUAUGAAAAGAGAAUCAAGAAUGUUGCUUGUUGGACAAUCUCAAAUAUCACAGCUGGAAAUGAGGAGCAGAUACAGGUUGUCAUUGAACCUAAUAUUAUUACACCUUGGGUCCAUUUGCUUCAAAAUGCUGAAUUUGAUAUUAAGAAACAAGCUGCGUGGGGGGUGGGCCAUAAAAAAUGCAACAUCUGGUUCCUUGUAAGUCAAGGUUGCAUCAAGCCAUUGUGUGAUCUUCUCAGCUGUCCCGAUCCAGAGGUUGUUACAGUUUGCUUACAAGGGCUUGAAAACAUUCUCAAGGUAGGAGAAGUUGAUAAAAAAUAUGGGCACUACGGGAGGAGUGAAUCUCUAUGCACAAAUGAGCGAUGAUGUAUGCAUGAACUUAGUUGGCCACAAGGCAAGGAAGAUGAAAAUCAAGAGUGAGUGGCUUUAGAGCAAUUACAUCAUUGGUUCCAAUUUCUAUCCUCUAUGAUAACAUUCCGCAAUAAAAACCAAAUUUAUUUUGGUGAAUCCAAGAGGGAUAUUCCCUAAACUAUCAUUCUCAAUUAAAGUGUAUCAUUUAUCUCUUCAAAAUUCUGAACUCUUUUUUUUUUUGUACUUAUUUAUGACCAUUUGCUCCAUUAAUUCUAAGGUCAUUAUAUUUAUUUUCA